AUGGCGGGCACAAAGCUGAUAUCACUGGGGCUCAUUGUCCUCAUGAGCAUGGGAUUAGCCAAUGCUAUAAGGGUUGCUAGAUACUCUAGUGCUGAUGGGACUGGCACAGGAGAUGGAGGGGGCGGCGGAUAUGUGAAUGGCGGGGGAUCAGGGUCUGGGUCCGGCACCGGAUCAGGUGAUAGUGGUCCUUAUAGUGCCCAUGCAAGUGCUGGAGGGGGUGGUGCAGGUGGUGGAACUAGCCAAUACGGUGGGUCCGGAUAUGGUUUGGGGUCAGGGUCAGGUUCAGGGUCUAGUACAUAUAGUCAAGGAGUGUAUUCUGGUUAUGGAGAGUCUUCUAAUGCUGGUGGAACUGGUGGAGGUGGGGGUGGAGGACAAGCCGGAGGUGCUUGGAAUUCCAAUGCUCAAGGAUCCGGUAGCGGCACUGGUUCUGGCUCUAGCUAUGCUAAUAGGUAUUGGCGGGGAUCAAGUGGUGCAGGUGCAAAUGCUAAUGGCAAUGGUGGUGGCACAGGAAACAGUCAAAAUGGUGGGACUGGUGGUGGUUCAGGUGCUGGAUCUGGAUACAGCAACGCCUACCCCUGA